AUGUGGAUGUACGACAUCACCAACGGCGGCAGUAAAGGUGCUUCAAAGCAUCUGCCACCCCUCGACAAUCCCUUUUCGCCUUCACUCCUCCGACAAAAGGCAGUACACUCUUGGAAUGAGAAGGUAUCCGGCAAGUACUCACUGCUCAAAACCCUCCUCAACUGCUUGUUCUGGCCCUUUCUUGCCGCGAUACCAGGUCGCCUCCUCCUGGUGCUCUUCAGAUAUGCCCAGCCAAUUCUUAUGUCGGUUGCCAUCAGAUAUGCCAGUCGCGAUACAUCCACCGAUACGCUGGCAUUCUCUGCCACUUCCAUUGUCAUUGCUACCGCUGUCAUAUACGCUGGUAUUGCUUUGUCGGAGUUGUCUUAUCGAUAUCGAUCAGACUGCUUCAAAGUGAUGGCCAGGAGCUGUCUGAUAGGACUGAUCCACGACAAGGCUUUGAAUGCAUCUCCCAUGACUKGUCAAUCGAAUCACGGACGUGCCAUUACCCUCAUGAGCUCCGAUGUCGAGACUCUUCUCGGCACCGCUGUAAUGUUCCAUGACACUUGGGCCCAUCUGUUAGAGAUGUCAAUCGGCAUGGCUCUUCUUGCUCGAAACAUUGGCUGGGUAAGCCCCAUCUUAUUCAUCAUCAUCUUUGGUAAGUUUGGAGUCCAUUUCAAUGUUACAUCGUAG